AUGCUGGCUUACUUGUUCGGCAACGGGCAGUUAUUCAGCAUGGUUUUAGGCGAGGUCGAGCUCACUUAUCACAUCCUUAACAGUACACAGUACCUGCGGAUCGUUCGAGACGCUAUUCUGGUGAAGCACUAUCGUGUGGAGGUGUACGCUGCCAGAGAUGGGCAGUGGGAGCUGAAAGCAAAGGGCUCUUUGGGUUGUUCGAACGAUUUUGAAGAGAUUUUUGGCGAAAGUGCUGAACUGUACGAGCUUACAACAGUGGCGGCAUUAGCUAUCAGCGCGGAGCAGCACAACUCGGCUGAGAAAUUAAAUUGGAUCGCUCGUAACGGUACCAUGCAUAUCAUGCCGUUAUGUCUUCUCUCAAAGUGCUUUACGGCACUGGUACCGCACGAAUGUAUAAUCAUACCGAGUACCACGGGAGCACAGUCGCUGAAUGUGGCAGUGGAUGACGAAACAAAUGUUCAUUUAAAAACAGUUUUAAAAAGGGCUGGUGUGAAGACGGUGCCGUUUCAGUUUGGUGAAGAGGAAGUGGAAGGCUGCUCGGAGAAAGUCCUCACGAUGCGCCUUUCGAAGACGCAGGAAAGCUGCAUUUUUGCACUUAUGGAGUAUCUGCAUCUGAAUGACGAUUCCAUGCCAAGCAGAAAUUUUCAACUGCGCAAUUAUAAAUCUGCUGGAUACAUGUAUCUAAAUUCUGCCGCUGUCAGGGCUCUGGAGCUUUUCAGCACAAGUCAGGAAGAUGAAAGUUCGAUGGCUGAUGUGGGGUCGCUUUAUGAAUUUCUCAAUAAAUGUCGAACUCCGCAGGGGCAACGUCUAUUACGUGAUUGGAUACGACGUCCGUUGUAUGAUAUUCGCAAAAUCAAUGAAAGAUUGGAUGUGGUUGAAGCUUUUGUUGGGAACACGUUGUGUCGUACGCUUCUUCAUGACGAUAUUUUGCGCAGAAUACCGGACAUUGCAGCAUUGACCAGGAAGAUGGUGCAGAAAAAAGCAGGCCUGCAGGAAUGCCAUCGACUUUAUAAAGUUAUCUGCAUGCUGAAGCGCUUUCAACAAACUGUCGAUGAGGUUUAUGUCUCAUGUGGUGAUUGGAUACGACGUCCGUUGUAUGAUAUUCGCAAAAUCAAUGAGAGAUUGGAUGUGGUUGAAGCUUUUGUUGGGAACACAUUGUGUCGUACGCUUCUUCAUGACGAUAUUUUGCGCAGGAUACCGGACAUUGCAGCAUUGACGAGGAAGAUGGUGCAGAAAAAAGCAGGCCUGCAGGAAUGCCAUCGACUUUAUAAAGUUAUCUGCAUGCUGAAGCGGUUUCAACAAACUGUCGAUGAGGUUUAUGUAUCGUGUGGCUCUCUAGCACCAUCAGUGAAUGAUUUGUGCUUAGAGCCACUGAGUUUAGCGCAGCUGCAAUUUGAAAAGUUUGUUACAUUGAUCGAGACUACCGUGGAUAUUACGUACUGGAAAAAAAGCGGUGUGUACAGGAUCCUUCCCAACAUUGAUGAAAAUCUUCUCGCCAUCUCAGAAAGAAUACAGGGAAUUGAGAAAGAGUGCAAUGUUGUCCUCAAAAAGCUAUUGAAAUAG